UGGAAGGGAAAAUAUACACCUUUUGCAGCUGUUGAAGGUUCUUCUGUUGUGUUCUACAUGGAUGACACUGAUCUAAAGGAUAACGACUUUUAUCAUUGCUACAUGAUUCUUGUUCAAGGUGCAAAAAAUGUUGUCAAUGCUUGUCGAGAGGGCAAAGUUAGAAGGCUCAUAUACAAUAGUUCUGCGGAUGUGGUUUUUGAUGGAACACAUGAUAUAAUAAAUGGAGAUGAAUCAUUGCCAUACCCUUGGAAAUUUCAGAGCAUUUUGAAUGAUCUUAAGGCUCAAGCAGAAGCACUUAUUCUGUUCGCAAAUGAUAUUGAUGGCCUUUUAACAUGUGCAAUUCGUCCUUGCAAUGUAUUUGGACCUGGGGACUUAAAAUUUGUGCCGUUUUUUGUGAACUUGGCAAGAUCCGGUUUGACAAAGUUUAUUAUAGGGAGUGGUGAAAACAUGUCAGACUUUGCCUAUGUUGAGAAUGUAUCUCAUGCCCACAUUUGUGCAGAGGAAGCUCUAGAUUUUCGGAUGGCCUCAGUUGCUGGAAAGGCAUUUUUCAUCUCUGACCUUCAUCCUAUGAAGUUCUGGAACUUCUUAUCGCUUAUUUUUGAAGGCUUAGGAUAUAAACGACCAUUAAUUAAACUUCCUGCAACGAUGGUUUCCCUUAUUGUCUUGUCCAUCAAAUGGACGCAGAGAAAGUGGGGCUUCUUGAAAUGCAGCCAUUCUGCAUUUCACUAUAUCCAACUAGCCUUAUGCUCUAGAACUUUCAACUGUUCUGCAGCUCAAAAGCAUCUCGGAUACUUACCAGAGACCUCCCUUGAAGAAGGUGUAUCCCGAACCAUCAGAUCAUUAUCUCAUUUAGCAAAUGAUAUGUCUUUCUCAAGAUACUGUGAUCGUGAUGAACCAUCAAAAGUGGAGAAGCUUCUAGGCGGUGGUAAAGGUAGGAAUUGGGAAACGUUUCUGUGGUACUUCUUAUCGUUCUUCUAUUCAAGCUUCCUUUCCCCCCCUUGA